CUUUAAUUUGUGUACCUUUUGCUGUUUAUUUUCUAAUUCUGUUUAUCGUUAGUUAAUAUAAAAUGUUAUGCCUGAAAUUUACGGAAUUUAAUCCGUUUCUCUAGUGUUUUUGACGUUACGGAAUAAUGUGUCAUGUUAUCUUCAAAAUAUGUCUUCUUCCAAAUACGACCUCACUUUACUAGCUAUUUACAAUUGAAAAUUAUUCAAUUCAAGAAUCAACAUGUUUUUAUACCACGUACCUCGUCUUCUCUUUUCGACGCUUCAUAGAAUAAAAUGUUUUCACUUUUAAGUUGUUUUUUUUACAUUUCUCAUUUAAAUAAUUGUUAUCGCUGAAUGUGCAUUUUUAUCUUUGAAUAUACACAGCCUUUUAUACGGCGAGAUGGUUAUUUCUAAUCUGCACUAAUUGCCGUGUUUAUGAAGUAUUACCUUAAUGGUUGUUUGUUUUCGAACUAUAUUUAGCAAUGACAUCAUAUCAAAGAAGCUCUCCCCUCCAACGUUUCAAGUAAGACACGAAUAAAACGUUCAUGAAAAUGGCAUGCAAGAAGCAAAUGGUUAAUAUGUAUCCAUUAAGAAUUACUCCUCUUCGAUACUCCUCGAUGGAGGGGCAAUUAUGCAUAAAACCUAGAGCUAAUAGAGGGCUCAGUGUCUGGGUAUAUUUUAAUGCUUUGAGAAGAAUAGAUGGAGCCGAUAAGGCUGUUAGCUCGGAACUGGAGGCCUAUCAUUAUGCCUGCGUCGGGACCAUCGCUGCCCGCCAUCAACCCCACUCGCCCCGACCAAUCGCUGUAAAUGUCUAA